AUGAGAUCUGUCCACUACGAGGCGAGGAUGACCCUGCUGGAGGAAGAGCAGGAGGCCGGCAACUACGCCAUGCAGCUGGCCAGCGCCACCGUUCUCCCGAUGACUCUCAAGGCGGCAAUCGAGCUGAACCUACUCGAGAUAAUCAGUCGGGCGGGUUCCGGUGCCCAACUCAUCCCCGAGGAGAUUGUCGUCCAGCUUCCCACGGAGAACCCGGCGGCGGUCAUCAUGGUCGACCGUAUCCUCCGCCUCCUCGCCAGUUACUCGAUCCUCACCUGCUCCGUCGUCGACGACGAUAACGGAAGAGUCCGGAGGCGCUAUGGCCUGGCUCUUGUCUCAUGGUUCCUCACGACGAACAAGGAUGACGGCUCCAUGGCUGCCCUGGCGCUCAUGAAUCAGGACAAGGUUCUUAUGGAGAGCUGGUAUUACUUAAAGAACUCAGUUCUGCGGGGGGGAAUCCCUUCAACAUGGUCUACGGAAUGUCCUUAUUUGAGUACCUCGGGACCGACCCCAGGUUCAACAAGGUUUUCAACGUGGCCAUGUCUAACCACUCGACCAUCACCAUGAAGAGCAUGCUAGAAAUCUACAGGGGGUUCGACGGUCUCUGGGUUCUGGUGGACGUAGGCGGCGGGAUCGACGCCAAUCUGAACAUGAUCAUCUCCAAGCACCCAUCCAUCAAGGGUAUCAACUUCGAUCUCCCCCACGUCGUUGCCGAUGCGCCUUCCUUCCCAGGUAUGACAAAGACCAGCAAAACCCCCAGUUCCUCAGCCCAUUCACAGCUAAUAAUUUCUGCUGGCGACGGAGAAUCUCUGGGUACGCGUAAUGGAAAGAUUCGAUCUUCUCUAUGCACAGGCGUGGAGCAUGUGGGCGGCGAUAUGUUCGCAAGCGUUCCCAGUGGAAACGCCAUCUUCAUGAAGGUGACCGUCUCUCCCAUCGACUUCCCCGCUUCGCUUCCUCUUCAGAAACUUCACCAGUAUUUACUUGAUUGAAUAAUCUUUCUCGGAACUCGGUUUGCAGUGGAUCCUUCACGACCGGAGCGACGAGAACUGCCUGAAAGUUCUGAAGAACUGCUGGAAGCCACUGCCGGAGCAGGGAAAGGUCAUCGUCAUGGAGGGUAUUCUGCCGGGAACGCCGGAGACGACCAGGAAGGCGCAGGGCCUGUUCCACAUGGAUCUGAUCAUGCUCGUCCAAACACCUGGCGGCAAAGAGAGGACUGAGAAGGACUUCGAGUCGCUGGCGCAGGGCGCGGGGUUCUCGGGUUUCGCGAAGUUGAGCACCUCCUUCGGCCUGUGGAUUAUGGAGUUCACCAAGUGA